AGACAAUCUGCCAUUAUUUCCCGCCCUUCGGUUGCCUUUAUCUGCUAUUUUUCCUCCUCCCCCACCGCUACGGGGAUGAGUUUCAGGGUGUGAAGCUCGCAGUAUGGCCUCGUGCCUAUCCAGCUAUACCGUUCCUUUUCGUCGGAACUUCUUGCGCUAUUCGAAAGAUACCGUUGGGUCGAUAGAUAUGGUGUCCUUUGGAGCUCCGGACCGAUUCAGGACCGGUGUUCGGUUCUUCUCCAAGUCUCGAGCCAACUACAACGAUCAGAAUCAAAAUUCGUCUCCCAGAAGCACGUUCGGCUCCCGGCUGCGAUUUGCCCUACGAAAUACCAAGGUUGAAUGGUAUCCGAUCCCAGUCGGUUUAGGAAUUGGUCUCUUGGGUAUACUCCAUUACUAUAAGUCGCAACGAAAUGAACGCAUUCGAGCAGAGAGGGAGGCUGAAGCUACGGGCGAGUCCUUUGAUUUCUCAAAACCUCCUCCGCGCCCAAAAGUCCGACUCAGCGGUCCAUGGCAGGUCCAGAUCAUGUCCACCCUGCCUUUGAAGGCAAUGUCUCGGUUAUGGGGCCGCUUCAAUGAGAUUGAGCUCCCCUACUACCUUCGUGUUCCCGGUUUCAAGCUAUACUCGUGGGUUUUCGGCGUCAACCUGGAGGAAAUUGCGGAACCCGACCUUCAUGUUUACCCGAACUUGGCUGCCUUCUUCUACCGCAAAUUAAAGCCUGGCGCCCGGCCUUUAGACCCGGAUCCGCAUGCCAUCUUAGCUCCGUCCGACGGACGUAUCCUUCAGUUUGGAUUGAUAGAGCGGGGAGAGGUGGAGCAGGUCAAAGGCGUAACUUACAGUCUAGACGCACUGCUGGGCUCUGCCACCCCGUCUCAGGCUGACCACGCGAAAAAGUUUAUGGAUCAUCAAAAGGAACCCUCACAAAAGGACGCCGCAAACAUGACCGCCCAUGAAGAGUUUGCCAGGAUGAAUGGCAUCUCUUACACUCUGCCGUCGCUCUUCGCCGGAGACCAGCCAAGUUCAAGAAAGCGAUCAACGUCCAUGGAUGCUUCUACUGAAUCCCAACCGACAUCCGAAGCCCAAGUGCGCGAGGACCUUGCCCGGGGCGAUGGUGUCCCGUGGUAUCAACCGAAGCCCACCUCGAACAAUGCCCUCUACUACGUGGUUAUCUACCUUGCGCCUGGUGAUUAUCACCGUUUCCAUUCUCCUGUUCCCUGGGUUGUCGAAAGCCGUCGGCACUUUGCAGGCGAACUGUUCUCUGUCUCACCCUACCUGCAACGUCAUCUUCCCGGUCUUUUCACACUCAACGAGCGCGUCGUACUCCUAGGUCGGUGGCGCUGGGGAUUCUUCAGCUACACCCCCGUAGGUGCCACAAACGUGGGCUCGAUUAAAAUCAACUUUGAUUCCGAGCUACGCACCAAUAGCCUUACAACAGACACAGCAGCAGAUAUCGCGGCUGCCGAAGCCGCCAAGAGAGGCGAAAAAUACCCUGGCUUCGCUGAAGCUACUUACCUUCACGCUAGCCGAACUCUCAGGGGUCAUCCCCUCCAACGAGGUGAAGAAAUGGGUGGUUUCCAGCUAGGAAGCUCAAUCGUGUUGGUGUUUGAAGCUCCUAUGGGCACCCGCAAAUCAUUUGAUGCCGGUUGGGCAGGCGGCCAACGAGAAGGCGGACUAAACUGGACAAUUGAAAAGGGCCAACGCAUCAAGAUGGGCCAAAAAAUUGCAUACGUGGAUAUCGUGGAGUAGAUGUAAAUAUGCGCUCUACGGUUUUGUUGCUACCGGCGUUAUGUCCCGGUCGUUGUAUUAUUCCCUGAAUAACUAUGGUGAUGUAAUAUUAUUACUUCUUAAUACACUAUGCAAACAAUUGCAGCUUCAGACUUUUUUUUUAAAUAUGAUUCAUCCAGAGUCCCU